AUGUCUGACGAGUAUUGGAUCAUAUCGGUACCAGGAAGAUCAACACCACAACAAAGCUUCGAAGAAGUAUGCCGAGCCACCGAACGAGAUCAACUAUCGACAAACUUUUUCUUCAACAUUCCGGAUUUAAAAGUCGGCACACUUGAUUCACUCGUAGCACUCUCAGAUGAUCUAGCUAAACUUGAUAACUAUAUCGAAGGAGUUACUAAAAAGUUGAUACAGUAUUUUUUUCAUGAUGUUCUUGAUGAUGAUCGUAAUCGUUUAGCAGAAAAUCUCAGUGUUGGACCACAGGGUGUUGAUCCUAUCCGAUAUGUCGCUGAAUUUCAAUGGGAUCAUGCGAAAUAUCCAACGAAACAACCGCUGAAAAAUCUGUCAGAAAUCAUUUCUAAAGCAUCAACACAUAUCGAAAACGAAUUGAAACUUCGUAGUCAAACAUAUAACAACGUCAAACAAAAUCUAGAUGCAUUAGAAAAGAAACAAAGUGGAAGUUUAUUAACUCGUAAUUUAAACGACGUUGUCAAGAAAGAACACUUCGUUUUGGGAAGUGAAUAUCUAAAAACUGUUUUAGUAUGCGUCCCAAAGGCAUUAAUUAACGAAUGGUAUGCAAAAUAUGAAACUCUAUGUGCGAUGAUUGUUCCACGAACAACUGAAUUAGUAACACAAGACCAAGAUUAUGCAUUGUUUACCGUGACACUGUUUCAGAAAACUGAAGAUACAUUUCGGCAUAGAUGCCGAGAGAAUAAAUUCACCGUGCGAGAUUUUACCUUUGAUGAGAAAGCCAUGGCAGCCGAACGCGAGAAGACACGAGAAUUAGAAGUUGAACGGCAGAAAAUCUAUGCGAAUCUUGUUCGUUGGCUGAAAAUUAACUUCGGAGAGGUUUUCUCUGCUUUGAUACAUGUAAAAGCUUUACGUAUCUUCGUCGAAUCUGUUCUCAGAUUCGGUUUACCUGUGAAUUUCGGUGCUAUGAUCAUUCAUCCAAAUCGAAAGACGACAAAACGUUUACGUGAUGUUCUCGACCGACUAUUUGGAUAUCUUGAUCAAUCUAAUAGAUCAAAAGAAGAUGAUUCAUUUGAAAUUCCUGGUGUGUUUUCUUCUCAACAAGAAUAUUAUCCUUAUGUUUAUCUGAAAUUAGAUCUGGAAUAUCUUGAUAUGACAAACAUGGCAUCUAGUGUAACAACACGUUCUGUUUCGAGUAUCGAAUUAGUUGGUGCAGGCGGUUAUGAUAAACUUCAAAUUAAACAAUUUCCAUAUCAAGAACCAGCUGCGGAUGAAGUAGUUAUUCGAAUCAAAUUUUCUGGUCUUAAUUUUGCUGAUUUGAUGCGACGGCAAGGUUUAUAUUCACCAGCACCGAAAUAUCCAUACGUUCCGGGCUUUGAGGCAUCUGGUGUUAUCGAAGCUGUGGGUUCAAAUGUUUCGCAAUUUGCUCCUGGUGAUCGCGUUGUUGCGUUUGCUGGUAAUGGAAUGUGGUCUGAUCUAGUGACUGUGCCAAGUUUUCAAUGUUUUAAAAUGCCGGAUGAAAUGUCAUUCGAGCAAGGAGCUGCUUUUCUUGUGAACUACAUAACUGCAUAUCAGAUUUUGUUUGAACUUGGCGGUUUACGACCAAAUAAAAGUGUCCUAAUACAUAUGGCAGCAGGUGGAGUUGGUAUUGCAGCCAUUCAAUUAUGUAAAACAGUUGAAAAUGUCACCGUCUUUGGCACAGCGUCUGCAUCAAAACAUAAUAUCAUCAAAGAUAUGGGUUGUACAUAUCCUAUUGAUUAUCAUACACAAGACUAUGUAACCGAAAUCCGUAAAAUUUCACCGAAUGGUGUGGAUAUCAUCAUGGAUCCAUUGAAUGGAGAAGAUAGUGUCCGUGGUUACGAUUUACUCAAACCAUUAGGACGAAUUAUCUAUUUUGGUGCGGCAAAUGUGGCUGCGAGCGGAGAAAAUCGUUCCUUAUUAACAGCAUUCAAAACAUGGUACAAAUGUUUUUCAACAAACUCUCUAUCAAUUUUAUCAUCAAACAAAAGCAUCGCUGGCUAUCAUUUGGGCUAUCUAUUGAAAGAUCUUGAAGUGACAAAAGAUCUCGCGGCGACUGCCAUUCAAGAAUUAUUUCGUCUGUUCGGCGAAGGUGCGUUGAAGCCACAAAUAGAUAGUGUAUACCCGUAUUCGAGGAUAAGAGAAGCCAUGCAGCGCAUGCACAACCGACAAAAUGUUGGAAAGGUUAUAUUACAACCUGACAGUGAACAGAAAACGGAUACUACAGAAGAAAAACAAAGUGAAUAA